AUGACUCAAGAUGAGGAGCGGGCAAAUGAGAGCACCUAUCUUCUGCCUCACGAUAGGAGGAUCAGCUCGUUGGCGCGUGACGCAGACGCUGCUUCGAUCGUCUCUUCGCGCGUAAGCAAAGAAGAAGAAGCGCUUGCCGAAACCGCAGUAGGCGAACGUCUCCCAUAUAACGACUACACGACGAUCGAUUGGCUGCAUGACUUGGUCAAAGACUCCUUCAGAUAUCGUUCUGUCCAUAGUGGAAACGGCAUUCGACAUGCGCUUGGAGCUGCGUUCGACUCCUGCCAAGGCUGGAUCGCAGUCGCUCUGAUCGGCACGCUGACAGCAUGCGUUGCCUUUCUGGUGGAUAUCGCUGUAGCCACCGUUAGCGACUGGAAGACCGGGUAUUGCAAAAGUAAUCCACUGGCGAGCAAGGAAUUCUGCUGUACGUCAGAGACACGAUUGAGGGUUCUUGCAGCCACUGGGGAGACAUGCGCGGAUUGGCACUACUGGACCACCAACUACUGGCAUGGGUUCGGCAUCUACGUGGCAUUCGCCCUCGUCUUCGGGAUCGUUAGCGGCAUGGUCACCUUGACCACCAAACGAGCUUUGCCGGCAACUGCCCCGGGUGCUGGAGACAGAGAUCCAAUGCAGCAGAUGACCGACCGAGCCAACACCGAAACACUGAAACCCGCAGCUGCGGGCAAGUCAAUCUAUAUGGCAGCGGGAAGUGGCAUUCCUGAGAUCAAGACAAUUCUGUCCGGAUUCGUCAUUCCACAUUUCCUGGAUUUCAAGGUCCUGGUUGUGAAAGCCGUAGGCUCCACAUUCGCCGUGUCGACAGGGAUGUGCCUGGGGAAGGAAGGCCCUUUCGUCCACAUAUCAACCUGCGUUGCAUACCUUGUUGGUGUCCAAUUCCCGAAAUAUCGGGAGAAUGGGCGAAAGCUUCGAGAAGUCCUUGCUGCUGGGUGCUCAAGCGGGCUUGCCGUCGCGUUUGGUGCACCGAUUGGUGGGGUGCUCUUCGCAUAUGAAGAGAUCUCGACCUAUUUUCCCAGGAAGGUCCUCUGGCGGGCGUUCAUCUGUUCUCUGUUCGCAGCGAUGACACUCAAGGCACUCAAUCCGACCGGCACCGGCAAGCUCGUGCUCUUCGAGACCAACUAUGGCACGACCUAUGAGCCUUACCACUACGUCGUGUUUGUCGUCCUGGGCGUUGCUGGUGGGAUAUUCGGGGGUGUAUUCUGCAAAGCAAACUUUGCUUGGUCACGCAGCUUCCGAAAGUACAACAUCAUCAAGAAUUACCCGGUCUUCGAAGUGUUUCUCGUCGUUCUGGCCACCGCACUCCUACAAUAUCCAAACCCUCUGACUAGGGAGCCCGGCGACGUCGUUAUCAAGAACCUCUUAGUCGACUGCACGGAAAGUUCACAGGCAGCUUUUGUCUGUGUGCAGGAAGGAGAUGCGUCACCCUCGCGCAGGUAUUUAGGCUGGCUCGCUUACGGAACGCUUGUGAAACUCGUCCUUACCAUCAUAACGUUCGGGAUCAAGGUGCCCUCGGGGAUCAUCAUUCCUGCCCUUGACGGCGGAGCGUUCUUCGGAAGACUUGUCGGUCAACUGCCUUUCCUGGCACAGACCAUUUCUCCUGGCAUUUUCGCGAUGGUCGGGGCCGGGGCUUUUCUGGCUGGAGUCAGCCGCAUGACCAUCAGCUUGGCUGUGAUCAUGUUUGAAUUGACGGGUGAACUGGAAUUCAUCGUGCCGAACAUGAUUGGGAUAAUGGUUGCCAAAUGGGUGGCUGAUGCCUUGGAGCAUGAAGGCGUCUACGAUCUUGCCCAAACGGUGCUGGGCCAUCCAUUCCUUGACCUUGACCAAAGCAUGAGGCUGGUCCAGAAGGAUGCUUACCUCGUCGAGGAACUGAUCCCUCCGGCACAGACAAUGCGUGAGAUUACUGUCGAUGUCCCUGCAAGUGGCGUUGUCCCUCGAGUGCUGCUGACGGAGAAGCUGCGCCAACUGCGCCGGCGGGGUCUUAUGGAUGCUGGUUUGGUUCUCGUCCAGAAGACUAUGUUGCAAGGCUACCUGGCGGAAGGAGAACUAGAGUUUGGGCUUGAAAGUUUGGGGCGGAGUUUUCCCGAAGGCUGUGUGGUACGUCUCCUCCCCGCCACAGCAGGGGUCGGCCUGUCAACGGAAUACGAAGGGGAACUCGAUCUGUCCCACUUCAUUGACCGCACGCCAUUGACCAUAUGUGCGAAAGCGCCCAUGGAGUACGCUGUCGAGAUGUUUGGCAAGCUCGGAUUGAGGCAUCUAUGUGUGACAGAGGAAGGCAGCGGAAGACUUCUGGGUGUGAUCAUCAAGAAAAGACUGGUGGUUUGGCUCGAGAGUCUGAAGCAUUGA